AUGAGAAGUGAGCCAAAAGUUGACAAGUAUCGUGAUUAUAUCGGCUUCACCGAGGCUGAUGUCGCCCUGGCUGUUGAGGAUGGCUGUGAUCUAUUCGUUGCCUUUCAGAAAGGUGACUUUCUUGUGUCGAUGGCCUCGGGUCCACAGAACCCCAUGUGGGUAGAACGGACUUUCGGACCGCCAGCAAGAGUCAGUUUUCGCGAGCUGGAAACGAAGCAGUCAACCGAGAAUGUUGUGUUCACCAACAUAUUGGGGGAGUUUGUGCUUUAUACGGUUCCAGGCCAAACCCCUCAUAAGCUUUUUGGAUCACAGCCACCACCCAAUAUUGUACCGAACUCCCAAGUCAGCUUCACUAGAGCUAGACGGUUUCUAGAAGAUUGUGUCGCCAACCACGCUCAGUGUCGGGACUUUAACCUGAAGCACAUGCCGACGCGUGUGUUGGAGGUUUACUCUGCUUCAGACACGGAUACGCCAGACUCUCCUAUGCCUUUUCGCGUUCGUCUCGUCAGCAACCCAGCCCCGAGGGCGUAUGCCACCCUCAGCUACUGCUGGGGCGGAGACCAGCCUGGGAAGACGCUGAAACGGAGACUGGCCAGCUAUUCACGCGACAUACCACUUGAUGCUUUGCCCCUGACCAUUAUCGAUGUCUUGACGGUUACUCACGGUGUCGCUCUCGAAUACCUCUGGGUUGACGCCCUUUGCAUAAUCCAAGACUCUAACGAGGACAAGAUGGCAGAGAUCUCCAACAUGCACCGCACAUACCGCGGAUCCGUUCUCACCAUCGCCGCUUGUGUCGCAGGUACGAGCCUUGACGGGUUUCUCCGGCCACGAAUCCACGACCGCGGCUACGUUCUAAACGCCCGACUUGACUCCUCCAACAACAAUAGCUCAGAUGAAAUACGACAAGUGAUCGGCAUCCCUGUCCGUUCGCGUCUUGAUGAGACAAUCCCACCUCUAUAUACCCGGGCCUGGACCUUUCAAGAAGGUCAACUAUUUACCCGAGUUCUCGCCUACGGAAAUAGAGGGAUGGUAUACUACUAUCUCGAAUCAAGACAUUGCGAUGGUGGGCACGAGCAGCCAAUUUACGACACUUGGUUAACGAAGGAUGCGAUUGGUGCCGGCUUCAGAUAUCUUGAUCACGGAAACCAGAGUCUGAGCAAGAUAGUACAUCCUUGUGCGUGGGGGUCGGUUCUCGAGGCGUAUACAUCGCGCCAGCUUACGGUUGGUGAUGAUAAGUUGUUGGUGGUUAUGGCUAUUGCUGAAGAGUACCGACGGACGAAGCCUGUGACGGAAUACCUGACAGGGUUGUGGAGAGAAGACUUUCUGUUUUAG